ACUGGCUGGCAGCGGGGGCACUCGGGGGACCAGCGUGCCCCUUUUCUCCCCGGCGGGAGCACGUGCAGAGUCCGAAGCCUUAGUUCCAACCGUCAGAGAGACGGUUCAGAGAGAGGCUCGCCAGCCUCCUCUCCCCGGCCCGAGGUGCCGCCUGCCAUCGCCGUCUCCCCAGCCACGGCCAUGGCCUCUCACGGGAAACUGAGGAAGGAGCGGGGCUCGCUGACUGACUAUGAGUCUCACGUCAAAGAGAUCCGAUGGCAGCUGGCAGAGCAGCUGCGGUGUCUGGAGGGCCAGGGGGAGCUACGGCGGGAGCUGCUUCAGGACCUGGGCGAGUUCAUGCGGCGCCGGGCCGAGGUGGAGCUGGAGUACUCCAAAGGAUUAGAGAAGCUCAGCGAGAGGUUCUUGGGCCGAGGGGGCCGAACCAGCGGCAAGGACCGGGACCAGCAAAACUUCCGGAAGGAGCCGGCCCUUCUGUCUCCCCUGCACUGCUGGUAUGUGCUGCUGCAGCAGACUCGGCAGGAGAGCCGGGAUCACGGGGCCCUCAGCGAGGUGCUGGCGGGGCCCCUGGCCCAGCAGCUCAGUCACAUUGGAGAGGACGUAGGGCGGCUGGUGAAGAAGAGCAAAGAUCUGGAACAACAGUUACAGGAAGAGCUGCUCAAAGUGGUAUCAGAGCUACAGAUGGCCAUGAAAACCUACCAAACAUACAGAGCAGAGAGCGUGAGCUCGGAGGGCAAGCUGAGAGAGGCAGAGCGCCAAGAGGAGAAGCGGGCUGGCCGCUGCGGGGAGUCCGCCACCUCCCAAGGCAUAGAUGGGCACGGCUGGGCCCCUCCUCGCAGAACCUCCCUCAAGAAGGGUGGGCGCCUGCUAGAGAAGCGCCAGGCCAAGUUCCUAGAGCACAAGCUGAAGUGUACCAAGGCGCGGAACGAAUACCUGCUCAGCUUGGCCAGUGCCAACGCCGCCGUCAGCCACUAUUAUAUCCGAGACGCUAUCGCCAUCAUGGAUUGCAGUGAUCUGGGCUUCCACCUGGCUCUGAGCAAGGUCCUUCGUAGCUACUCAACAGCUGUGACCCGGGCCAAGACCUCUCCCGAUCAGGGCCCCAGCAAACUGGAGGUAGCCUUGGAUACUCUGGAUCCAGAAGGAGACAAGAGCAAGGUGUUGGAGCUCCACGCCUCUGCCUUCUGUCCCCCUCUCCGAUUUGAAUACCAACCUUAUGAAGGAGAUGAGGUUUGUGAGGUACAGGUACCCGUAGAUCUGGAGGAUGAAAUCCUUCCUCGAGCCAAGAAUAUCCAAGCCCGCCUGGAUCAACAGAACAUUGAAACCGAGGAGGUCAACAAGACACUGAAGGCAAGUCUACAGUCCCUGCUGGACCAGGCCGCCUCAGACGAGGGCGAUGUGUUAGAUGCCUUCCAAGCCAGUCCAUCCACUGAGUCACUUAAGUCCACAGGCUCUGACCCCGGCUGUCGGCAGCUCGCUCGGAGACGUGGCCAGCAGCAGGAGACGGAGACUUUCUACAUCCUGAAACUGCAAGAAUAUCUGAGCUGCAGAAGCAUCCUCAGCAAACUACAAGCAAAACACGAGAAACUCCAGGAAGCCAUUCAGAAAAGCAACAAGGAAGAUUGUGAUGGGUCUCGGGCCCGCUGUGCCUUGACUAGAUCUCAGAGGAAUCGCCGCCCUCGGCCCAGCUCCCAGUAUAACCACAAACUCUUUGCCGGAGACAUGGAAAAGUUCAUCCAGAGUUCAGGCCAGGCUGUCCCCUUGGUAGUUGAAAGCUGUAUCCGCUUCAUCAACCUGCACGGUCUCCAGCAUGAGGGCAUUUUCCGGGUGCCCGGAGCACAACUCAGGGUCACAGAAAUCCGGAAUGCCUUUGAGAGAGGUGAGGACCCCUUGCUGGAGGGCUACUCGGCCCACGAUCUGGACUCCGUGGCUGGUGUCCUGAAGCUCUAUUUCCGUGGCCUGGAGACCCCACUUUUCCCAUCUGAGCUGUUUGGGGAGAUGCUGGCUGCUGUGGAUCUGGAGAGCCCUGGAGAGAGGGCAGAGCAUGUGAAGGGCAUCCUGGGCCGCCUGCCUGGGCCUGUGUUGGUUGUCCUUCGUUAUCUCUUCACUUUCCUCAAUCACCUGGCCCAGUACAGUGAUGAAAACAUGAUGGAUCCCUACAACCUGGCCGUGUGCUUUGGGCCCACCCUGGUGGUUGUGCCACCUGAACAGGACCCGGUGGCCGUGCAGGGCCGUGUAAACCAGCUGGUUCAGACGCUCAUCCUGCAACCCGAAUUGAUCUUCCCAACCCCUGCUGUGCUGCCGGGGCCCCUCUAUGAAAAGUGCAUGACCCCACCACAUGAUGAUUUUGGGGAUGCUCAACUGGAUGCCACGGCGGAAGAGAGUGAGCAGGACGUGCCCACGGAGACAUCGGCAAAUAAAGACGAGCCUCCCAUUCAACCUCCAGAGAGCUCUGGGUCCCCCCCAGAGGCCUCUGCCUCAGCCUCUGCCUCAGCUUCUGCCUCAGCUUCUGCCUCUGCCCCUGAGUAUGAGAGAAGCGUGGAGGCUGUGGCUUGCUUUGACUAUGUGGGCCGGACACCCCAGGAGCUAACUUUCCAGCGUGGGGACUUGUUGUGGCUGCACAGCCGGGCUUCGGGAGAGUGGUGGCGUGGGGAGCGGGCAGGCACCCUGGGGCUCAUCCCCCACAAGUAUAUCAAGGUGCCUGACAGGCCGGAGAAUCGAAUGGUUUUGCCGGAGGGACAGGGAGAAGGGGAACCAGUCUCCAAAUCUGAGGACCUCCCUGUGGAGCCUGUGAGCCGCAUGCGCACAAAUUCAGAAGGUGGCUAUGGCAGGGCUCGCCCCCAAGCGAGCAGUGGCAGUCCAGUUGGCAAAGUGACUUCACCUUUUCUGGAUCCUACCCACCACCCUUUGACCUUGACGUCCACUGGCCGAGCUGUGAUACCUGGUGACAGGCCAGAGCGCCGCAACACCAUGGAGAUGCCCGGUCCCUCUGGCUGCAGCUGGCGCAGCCCAGCUAUCGUCACCAGUGAUAGGAAAUUGGAAGUUGACAAGAAUGUGGCCCAGAAGAUGGAAUGUGUCUUUAAGGAGCUCCUCGGGAAGGCCAGUGCCCGGCAGGUGUUAAAGACCCCUGAUGUCCUACUGAGCUCCCCCGAGGCCUCCGGCUGGAGUCCACACAGCAAGCGGCUUGUGGGACCCAGUCGAACUGGAAAGAACAAGGUCUUCUUCAAAGGCACUGGGGGCCAGGACUGACCUUGAGCUGCUCCUGUGCCAUCCUCGGUGGGGCUGGGCGUGUGCCCGCUGCACGCGACUAUUUCUUCACAGGUGUAUGGGACCUCAUCUGUGUUUUUCACUUGCCUUUCUACCCAAAUCUACCAAAUCCUUCGGUCAAUGCUCCAUUUUCAUUUUCUUGCCCUCAAGAAACUUGAAUAAAAUGAAAGGUCCGCCUGG